UUCAAGUAAGAUGGCAGCGAAAAGAGAGAGUGAUUGUGAAAUCAUGAAAUUGUUUGUUGUUGUCUGAAGCAAUACUCUGUCCGACAAAUUAGACAGUUCAUUGGUGAUAGUCUUUGCGUCCGCGAGGUCGUUUUUGUAGUGUUGUCUUUCUUUUUUACCGUACACGGUGAUCGACUGACAAGUGGAAUUGCCUGGAUAGCCACCGUUAGCAGUUUGGCUAACUAGCUAGCUAGCUAAGUUAUUCCGUGACAAUCACUGUUCCACAGCAGCUUGGCUCUUGGGAAAAUACUGCAAAUCUACAGUAACCGGUUGUGACGUUCAACAUCCCUCCUCUGAAGAGCAGUUGGAGCUGGGAACGGCUAAGCCGAUCACUGCGUGUUAGUGACUUUCCUGAAAAGCUGGCGUCGGCCUCGAGUGGCUGACGGGACCAUGAGCCAAGACCCCACCCUCCCCCCGCUGUGGAACCUGGCCAGCGUGGAGGUUUAGCCCACAUAGACACUGAGCAAGUGUUCAGGUCUGUGGUCCUCUGCCUGGGCAUGGAGUGGUGUCGGCUGCAGACUGGAUGACAGGAUCUUCAGGGAGAGCCGACACGCAUUCGAGUUACCACUGUGACACUGACACCGAGUGACAGCCUCAUCGCGAAGACCACCACAGAGUCGUUGUCCCCGUUCUACUGUUUCUUUUAGAAUUUUCCUUCUCAUCCCUGUGUCUGGAAUCGCUCUCUCUCUCGGCCUCUCCACGUCCACCACCCCUCCCUACCUCCCUCCCCUCUCCCCACCCCCGUCCUCCUCUCCUGCCCCUUUCUGAACCCUGACCUCUGACCUUGACCCCUCGCUGAAGGCCAGGAUGAGUUGGCUGAGCCGACUGACCCCCCGAGGUCCGGGCAACAGGUCCAGCAGGACGUCAGCCCUCUCCAGUCCGUGUACGGCCGACCCAGAGACCUGCCUCAUGGUCUUCGACAACCAUUGGCGACAGGUGUCCUGGGUGCUGGAGCAGAGGGACCCGUCGGGUUCCAGCGACGACCUCACAGCGGUACGUAACCACACCGACCAGAUGCUGUGCCUCCUGGCCGAGGAGCGGCCGGGCGAGGGGGGCGAGGGCGCCGACAUGGGCCCCAUCCUGCGCCUGGUGGUCACGGAGAACGUUCUGGAGCGUGUGGUGCAGUGGCACCUCCGGCGCGGCCUGGACCCCGACAGCCAGGGGGCGCUGCUGAAGCUCUUCGAGAUGCUGAUAGGCCAGUCGCAUCAGCCGCUGCUCCAGCACAAGGCUGUCCUGCAGCCACUCCUAUCCCUUCUGGGGGCAUGUGCCGAGCCUCAGCUUGGCUGCCCGCUCUCCCUGGAGAACAGCCUGGUCCUGCUGCUCAAUCAGGUCUGUGUGUCGAUGGCGCGAGCGCCGGCGGUGCUGGAGCUGUUGUUCCGGACUGGUCCGGCCCAGCAGGGUCCGACCAACCUGCUCAUCUUCUCCCUGCUGGUGCCCUUCAUCCACCGCGACGGGGCCAUCGGACAGCAGGCCCGCGAUGCCCUGCUCCUCGUCAUGGCGACCUCCGCCAGCAACCAGGGCGUGGCACGCUACAUCGCUGAGAACUCCUACUUCUGUCCGGUUCUGGCCACCGGCCUGAGCGCCCUCUACUCCUCCCUGCCCCGGAAGAUUGAGGUGCGGGGCGAUGACUGGCAUGCUCUGCGGAGGGAGGACUGGAUGGGCGUGGCCUCCCUGGUGCUCUUCAUGAACUCUCUGGAGUUCUGCAACGCUGUCAUCCAAGUGGCCCAUCCUCUGGUACGCGGACAGCUGGUGGACUAUGUUCACAAUGGCUUCCUGGUACCUGUCAUGGGACCUGCCCUGCACAAGUCGUCUGUUGAUGAGAUGAUAGCCAGCACAGCCUACCUGGACCUCUUCCUGCGCAGCGUCACGGAGACGGCUCUUCUGAAAACCUUCCUGCGCUUCAUCCUUGUGCAUCGCCAUGACAACGACACCAUUCUGGACACAUUGUUAACACGCAUCAGCAGCAACUCACGACUUUGCAUGGUGUCUUUAGGUCUCUUCAGGACUCUGCUCUCGCUGAACUGUGAAGACCUCAUGUUGCAGCUCGUUCUCAGGUAUCUGCUGCCCUGUACACAUGUAAUGUUGAGUCAGCGGCGUGCGGUCAGGGAGACAGAUCUCUAUGGUAAAUCAGCAGACAAGUUCCUGUCCCUCAUCCCAGAGUGCUGCCGCCUUAGCACACUGCCCCCUGCUGACCGGGAGGAGGAACCUGCCUUCUGGGGGAAAGUCCUGAACAGCCCCGGCUCAGAGUCCCCCGCCCACCCCAAACCCAGCACUCCGUCCCGCCUCGCCCUCUUUAUGCGCCAGCAGAGCACCGGAGGAAACUCGUCCACCCCGCCCCCCAUGGAGACCGUCCCCUCGUCCCCCCGUGGAGGCCCCAGCGCCCCCCUCUCCCCCGACAGCCCCAUUCACACCGUUCCAGAGGGGCUGGACUGGGAGUCCGGAUACCUGGAGUACCUCAGGGACGCGCGGCGCGGGAUAGAGCUGUGUUCCUGGGCCUGCCGAAACUGGUCGGCCCCCUAUGACGGAGAGGACCCCUCGCCUAACACGGCCCCGUUGCCGCCCCCUGCCCCGACCUCCAACCCCUCCCUGGCCAUGUUCCCGGAGCACUUCUCCUUCCAGCAGGGCGGAGGGGGCAGCGGUACCUCCCCCGGCCAGCAGAGGGCAGCGGUGGUGGCGGCGGCGCGCUCCGAGUGGAGCAGCUCGGACAGGGACAGCGGUGAGUGGGACGUUACCAUCGGUAAGAACAACUGUACCAUCAGCCUGACGCCGCGAACCAAGAAACGCAGCCUUCAGCGCGAGGAGCUCCCCCUUCCCAAACCACUCCACCUCCCCCCCGACGCGCCCUCCGUACCCGCCCCCUCGGCUGGGCCCGGCCUCCCCUCGUCCGCCGCCACGGGCCCCCGCAGGUCCCUCUUCAACGGGACGUCGUCGACUGGGCGGGAGGACGGGCGCGCGGACGGCCGGGACGGAGGGAUGGAGGUGAAGAAGGUGAAGAGGGACCUGGGUGAGCAGUGGAAGCCCGUCGGGGCGGAACAGAACGGGACGGCGGGUCCGGGUCCUCCCCCGGCCUGUGGUUCCCUCCUCGCCUCCUAUGGUGAGGCGAACAGGGGUGUGUCCGGGGAGCGCUCCGGAGGUCUCCCGUCCCAGCCGGUUCCCGUGCCCUCCUCGGCGCCCCGCUCCAGCUCCCCCGACAUGCUGACCCGCGCUCCGGAUCCCAGUCCUGGGUGGGGUCCCCCAGAGGAGAUGCUCUCCAGCCCGUCUGAAGUCGUGGAGCGCCUGAUCUCCGAGCUCCUGGACGGACCCGGGCAAGGGGAGGGGGGGCAGAUCGUGCCGGGAGGUGGCGACUCCAACAUUCAGGGCAUUAGCAUCGAGGCCUUUACACAGGAGCUCCGGGAGCUGGAGGAGAGGGUGAGGGACAGGGACAGGGGCAGGGGGGAGGGCAGGGCGGCCAGACUGCAGGAGGACGUCACCAGGGAUUCCCUUUCAGAGGAGCCGCCGACCCCCUCAGCCCUGGAUGCUGACCUGACUGGGGCUGGAGGGGAGCCCAGGGGGGAGACGUCUGCCAUGGGGUUGGUCAGUCCGGCCAGGCCCCUGGGACAGCCUGCCUCUCAGCCAUACACAGGUCCGUUCAUGGUGGUUCUGUUCGCCAAGCUGGAGAACAUGCUCCAGAAUUCUCUGUACGUCAACAUCCUGCUGACUGGUAUCUUGAGCCAGCUGGCCUGCUACCCUCAGCCUCUGCUGCGCUCCUUCCUUCUCAAUACCAACAUGGUGUUCCAGCCCAGCGUCAAGUCACUCAUACAGGUCUUGGGCUCAGUGAAGAACCGUAUCGAGGCGUUUGCUGCGUCCCACGAGGACUUCCCUGCCAUGCUGAGGAAAGCCCAGCGCUACCUCGCCGCCAGGAGCAAGGUGGACUGGGCCGACACCUCCCCAAUGGGGGUACCUCCGCUGAGACGCUCCGACUCUCUGGUGAAGAGCAGGAAACCGUCGCUAGGAGACUUGAUCCUCCGCCACACCAACAGCCCCACUAGGGCGCGCCACGCCGCCCAGCUCGCUCUGGCCCACGUACGAGACGGUGGCCAAUCGCUGCACAGCGCCCUGUUUCGUGGCGGUUCCGGGGGAGGGGCCUCGGGGCUGGAGAAGCAGGCGGAGGCUCUGAGGGUGAAGAACGCCGUCUACUGUGCCGUCGUCUUCACAGAGUUUCUGAAGGAGCUGGCCGCCUUGGCGCAGGAGCACGCCGUGUCCAUGCCCUUCCCCAAAAACCAGGACCCCGAGGAGUGAGACUCCGUCUUGCAGGUCAAAUGUGAACCCUUCACCCAAAGUGUGGUCUCGUCCAACAGCCUAAAACAUUGGAUGGAGGGCGGUUAAAUCUGUGACUGGGAUUGGUUCUACCUGCCCAAUCCAUGACGCAUCCAUGUAGGAGCAUUGAUCUAGCGUCCGUAUUAGACCAUUUUGGAUGAGAUUUUAUGGACAGUUCUUAGAUUCAGCCAUCCGGCUCUGAGGUACCUUGUGGGCAGGUGUUGUGGCCUCACAGUGCAUCUUCCGUUACCUCCUGCAGGGGGCAGAGGAGACUAGAGGGAGGGGAGACACUUUCUGUCGAUAACAAAUCAAGAAUGGAAUAUGAGUUUUAUAUGGAGAAAGUAUAUAUACAGUAAGAGAGUUAGGGGAGAAAUUAUAAAUAACUCUUCUGUUAAUUUUGAGGAGACGGUUCAUAUCAUGUAUAUACUAUUUAUGUGUAAAUAAUCUAUACAAGCUGUAUCUCAAUAGAGGCUCUGGAUUCUGGAGGUCUUGUGUAGUGUAGGUAACAUACAGUCACCAUGCCAAAUUAGGGUGGUGGUAGGGUAGUGCCACAGGAAAUGAAGUCGAUGCACAUUGCCUACUAGGUGCUAAGUUGGCACUUUCCACUCCUUUAGUGUGCAAUGCUUAUCAGACAUUAUAAUAUGUUCAAAGGAGAACAAAGUUAAAAGCUUGAGUCUUUUAGAAAAUCUGUUUAAUUUGCCUGUUCGGUACGGAGUUUGUCGAUAAACUCCUGGAACUCUGAUCGGAAUCGUCUCAACUCUUAACGGAAUCAACGGGAAGGGAACUGGCCGAUAAACAUGGAGCAUCUCAAGAAGGCACCUUGGUUUUGAGUUUUUUUUAAACGUAUCACCUCAGCUUGGCAAAUUUGUGAAAGAAAAAGAGUCAAGAAUAGAGGAGGUGUGUGGGAAAGAUAAGGAGAAAAAUAGACCAGAGAAAGACCCCCCUUUUACUGGAAAACAAAACAUUUUGGUGUUUGUGUCCACAACCUCUAUUAACGUUUUAUAUUUUUUUCUAUGUGAUGUCAUUUCCUUUAUUUAUAUAAUCAUUUAUUUUUUAAUGAAACAUUUUAAAGACAUACAGUAUUGAUGCAAUGUGGGAGCAGGCAGCAAAACCUCAGCACGCACGCACGGGCCUGUAUGCUGUCAUACGUGUGUGUGUGUGUGUGUGUGUGUGUGUGUGUGUGUUGUGUGUUCCAGAGGGAACACACACUUCCCACUCCGUUAUGUUGCCAUGCACUCAGUGAUGUUGUGUUUUCGGUUUGGCUAUCACAAAAAAAACGCCAAGCUCAGAGGUGUAUUCCACAAAAAGCAGGAUCAAUUAGUUGGUUAAUGUUGAGGGAAAAAAAGGUUAAUUAUUUAGAAUAAGCUUGACAUGUUGGCUUGGGUGUAUCCCUCCUUCAGAAUUGCCAUUAUUUCUCAUUUAUUAAAGGUGGCUGGGUGACAUUAGUAUGCACGUCGUAGUAUACGUCACUGAGGCUCAACCUACUCUUUUGAUACGGCUGGGAAAGUCUGUAGCCUGAGGUCCUACCUUCGAUAGUUGGCGUUACUGAUAGAAAAGGUCAGGGAAGUGUUUGAUCCACCUGCCCUGUUCCACCCCGCUGAGUGCGCCAUGAGAGGAAACCAUGCUUGUUGUGGUAUUCACUGUUCUCGCCGAGUUACAUGGGUUUUCCUUAGUCGAGUCACAGAGAACCACGUUACCCAGCUCUUCGAUGUGACCGCCACACUCAGCACAUUUGGUUCGGGUUCGCGUGGGCGAACAUGAAGACGUGUCCCGUCGAUUCUGUUGCUGUCUGCGGUGCAGUCUAAAAUAACCAACGGGUCUUUUUUUUGGGGCCCUUUAAAAAAUAAAUAAUAAUAAUAAUAGUCUGUGAGUACACACACACAAGGUGCGAUCAGUUCUGUCUGGCAGCCUUUACUGAAAGGGCAUUGUUUUGGUGGUAGGACAACUGGAAAGGGAAUGAUACUAUGUAGGCCAAUCGCCCUGAGGCAGCCUACAAUGGGAUACAGCAGGGCUGGGCUCAAUUCCAUUUCCAUUCAGAUUGCCAACUCUAUUAAUUUUUUUUUUUUUUUU